GCCGCGGCGGUGACAGCGCCGUCCCGUAGCGCCCGCCGCGAGCGGGGCCGCCGCCCGCAGACAUGGAUGAACAAGAGGCCUUGAAAUCCAUCAUGAAGGACCUGGUGGCACUGCAGCUGGGCAGGCGUCACCGGCUGCCUGGAUAUGACACCAUGAAGAAUAAAGACACUGCUCACUCCACCAAGCAGAAAAAACACAAUGCCAGCAGUCCCCCCCUCUUGGGCAGCCCUGCAAUAAUGAACCAGUGUGCCUCUGCAGUGGAGGAAAAGAAAAUUCCGAAUGAUGUCAGGAUCAAGUUUGAACAUAAUGGGGAGAGACGGAUUAUCCCGUUCGUCCGUCCCGUGCGCUAUGAGGACGUGCAGCAGAAAGUGAAAACAGCCUUUGGACAGCCCCUGGACCUCCACUACAUGAACAACGAGCUCUCUAUUCCUUUGAAAAACCAAGAUGACCUGGAUAAAGCUGUAGAUCUCUUAGACCGGAGCUCCAAUGUGAAAAGCCUGAGGAUACUGUUGCUGUCCCAGGACAGGAACCAUAGCAGUUCUUCACCCCAUUCUGGACUGCCCAAGCAGGUCAGGAUUAAAACUUCCCAAUCUGUGGGGGAUGUGAGCACGCCCUAUCAGCAGCCAGAACCCAGAAGUAGGCAUCUGUCUGUCAGCUCGCAGAGCACGGGCCGCAGCUCCCCCCCGCCCGGCUACGUCCCCGAGCGGCAGCAGCGCAUCGCGCGCCAGGGCUCCUACACCAGCAUCCACAGCGAGGGCGAGUUCAUCCCCGAGACCAGCGAGCAGUGCAUGUUGGACCCUCUAAGCAGUGCUGAAAACUCGGUGUCAGGAAGCUGCCAGUCCUUGGACAGUCCUUCUUUUCGGAAGUCACGGAUGUCAAGGGCACAAAGCUUUCCUGAUAACAGACAGGACUUCUCAGACCGUGAGAAUCAGAUCUACGACAAAGCAGGCAAGGGUGGGACCUACCCUCGGCGCUACAACGUGUCCAUGCAGCACAAGGACUACAGCGACGGCCGCAGGACGUUUCCCCGGAUCCGACGGCACCAAGGGAAUCUCUUCACCCUGGUGCCUUCGAGCCGCUCCCUGAGCACCAACGGCGAGAACGCGGGGCUGGCUCUGCAGUACCUGGAUCCCCGGAGCCGCCUGCGCGGCGCCGACAGCGAGAACGCGCUGGGCGUGCAGGAGAGGAACAUUGCCACCAAAUCUCCAAGUGCUCCCAUAAACUGGCGCCGGGGAAAGCUGCUGGGCCAGGGCGCCUUUGGCCGCGUGUAUUUGUGCUACGACGUGGACACGGGCAGAGAGCUGGCAGCUAAGCAGGUCCAGUUUGAUCCAGAGAGCCCUGAAACGAGCAAGGAAGUGAGUGCCCUGGAGUGUGAAAUUCAGCUGCUAAAGAAUCUGCAGCAUGACCGUAUUGUGCAGUAUUAUGGCUGCUUAAGGGAUCGAGCAGAGAAGACCUUGACCAUUUUCAUGGAGUACAUGCCAGGGGGGUCGGUGAAGGACCAGCUGAAGGCAUACGGGGCGCUCACGGAGAACGUCACCCGCAAAUACACGCGGCAGAUCCUCGAGGGCGUCUCGUACCUGCACAGCAACAUGAUCGUGCACAGGGACAUCAAGGGUGCCAAUAUUCUCCGUGACUCUGCUGGGAAUGUGAAGCUGGGGGACUUUGGGGCCAGCAAACGGCUGCAGACAAUCUGCAUGUCGGGGACAGGCAUCCGCUCCGUCACGGGCACCCCGUACUGGAUGAGCCCCGAGGUGAUCAGCGGGGAAGGCUACGGCAGGAAGGCAGACGUGUGGAGCCUGGGCUGCACUGUGGUGGAGAUGCUGACAGAGAAGCCCCCCUGGGCAGAGUACGAGGCCAUGGCAGCGAUCUUCAAAAUCGCCACGCAGCCCACGAACCCCCAGCUGCCCUCCCACAUAUCAGAACAUUGCCGGGACUUCCUAAAGCAGAUCUUUGUGGAAGCCAGGCACAGACCCUCUGCUGAAGAGCUGCUCAGACACCAGUUUGCACAGCUCCAGUACUGAAUUACCUCCCUUGCUCGCAGCUCCUGCCGGGCUCUCCGUGCCCCGUCUUGUCUAGUUGCAACUGCCCGUUGUGGUGCUGCAUCUUCAAAAUGCCAACCCAGCUAGGCCUAGUCCUUUGGGAAGUUCUGCCAAGGAACUUGGGGUCUGCUCUCGUGCCUGAUUCCUUUGUUUGCUGGACUAAUGUUCAUCCUGCCAAGAGCUGUCCCAGCAGAGCUGUGGUUUUGCCCCAAGCUACCUGGAUGUGCAUGUUCUCUGCAGGAAUGGGAAUCUGACAAGUGUCUUCACUGCUUGAAACUUAGGAGACGUCUGAACCCAAGUGGGAGCUGAGAGAGCUCCACUCUUCAGCAGAACAGAAGCAUGCACCAGCCUCCAGAGCAGCUCUGUCUGUGGGAGUCCCUGGUUUUCCCCUCCUGGGGCUCCAGAGGCAUCUCCAGCACCUGAAUCCAGCAAAAAGCCAUGUGUCAUGGAGCAUGCACUUGCUAUAGUAUGGGAUAUGUUUCUUCUUGAGUAUUCAGCAUCUGAAGGUGCUCAGAAAAUACUGAUUCAAAAGUAUGUGAAUAGUGUUAUUUUAUAAUGAACCCGUGGAUUUGGGGCUGGGGGUGAGGGAGGUCUUUCCAGCUAAAUGUCAGGAUAAUCAGACAGGUUUCAGCAGAAUGCAGUCAUUCCAGGGCCUGAGGGAAGGGCUCUCCCACUGCCCUUGGAAAAUCUAGAGCUAAUUUCCAAGGUUUGAUCUGCCCCAGCAUUAGGACAGUGUUAGUUCGUGUUGUACCAAACAAAUCUGUGCUCCUGCUUCCUCUCUCUCCGGGGCUGCUGGCUCCAAACAAAAGUCCUCUGGAAGGGAAUUCAGUGGAAUUCAGCUUCCUCCUGCAUCUGUCUCUUUGGCUGGUAACAUUUUACCAUCCUUUUAACCAAAGAUAGUCUAUCUGGUGCCCAGGAAUUUACUUCAGAGUUUCUUUGAGCACAUGGCCUAAUGGAAAAUUGAGAAUUUCUUGGGGAGAAUUACCUGGACACUCGUUCCUGUUGUGCACAGGAAGCUGGAAUUGAGCUCAACCCUUGGCUGUUGAAUUACAGGUGUGCAAGUGAUCAUUUCAGAGUUCUGUAAAAUGUUAAUGGCCUAACUUUUGUAGGAGUCAAACAGGGAACCUGAGAAAGCAUUUAAAAUGCUAGCAAAUAUCUAAAAUGACCUGGAGAUCCCCAUGCAGGUACCAGCAGAACACAUCCAAGUGAUUGUGCACUUGGAAGAUACCACAAGUCAGAGGACUGAGGUCCUGAUGGCCUCAAACCCUCUGUGCUGAUUUGGGCACUAAUAAUCUUUAUUUCAUUCAUGAAAGACCAGCAGUUUUUAAGUGCUGGGGAUUCAGGGAGUGAUUAUAAGUUUUCUCUGAGAAAUGAAACUAAGAAGAGCAAUUGUUAAUUAACUAAAACACUGCUUUAUAGGGCAACGUUGAAGGUGUCCUGCCUUUGAAUUGGAAACCAUAUUAAGGUUCCACACAUCUGCCACACAUCUGCACUCUUCUCCCCCAUAAAAUAUUGAAAAUUUCUUCAUAACGCGGUCAAAUUAAGUUUUUUAAUGAAUACUAAUAGCAGGAUAAGGCAAGUUUAAUGAAACCAAGCUCCUUCAACACAUGAAAAAUAAUGUGUUGAAUUAAAAGAGGAAAAAAAGAACCCUAAAAGACCUAACCAACCAAAAGUCCUGAAAAGCUUUAACAAUUUGAAAUGGUUUUUCUGUGCCAAACCCAGAGCAAAGUGUAACCAAUAAAAGCUGGUGGUGUUUCUUUUCCAGGCUCCCUGCACUACUCCAAGGAUGCACUGUCCCACUUGUGGGCACUUAGGGGAUCUCUUAUAUGAAAGCCCUUGUUCCAUAAUCUAUUUAAUUGCUGUGGGAGCACUUGACUGAUCUUUUCCCAAGCAGGAGCUCAGCUCCAGGUUGUGCAGACCCUUGGCUGCUGCCAUGGGGGAGGUGAGGCUGAGGCUCCAGCUCAGAGGGAGGGAGGGAGAUUUCCCACUGUGCUGGGAAUGUGGGACCAUCCCUGCAGGCUGCAUGGCAGAACUGGGGGGUCAGCACUGCUGGGGCCCAGCUCUUCAAGCCUUUCAGCCUAAAUAUACCAAAGAUUGGAGUCUUCAUCCACUGCCCAUCACUUGCAGGGAUCAGGAGCACGGUGACAUCUGCAGGGGCUUCCCUCUGUCCUUGGCUUGUCCUCACCAAAUCCAGACCUUCUCCCGUGGUUUUUGUCUUGCUGUGAUCUGGGAGAGAACAGGGCGUGAGGAAACAGCAGAACUUCUGUCAAAGGACCUCAAUCCUCAGGACCUGUUGUGGCUUUUACCUCACCUGCAUCACGGGAGGCACUUGGAGAGCAGAGCAGAGCAGGAGCCCCCAGGGCUGAGGGUCUCGGGGCUGUCCCCAGAGCUCCCUGUGUCCCCUGGAUGUGUCCCCUCCCUGCACUCCAGGCUGUGAUGGGAGCCAGGAGCACUUGGACAGUGACAGAACACGGGGCCAGCUUGGGCUGGUGCAGGAACAAGCCAAAGCAUUACCUGUCUGUUUGGAGAUGCACUUUUCUGAAUGUAGUUUAUAUCGCUCUUUUUUAGCUCUUUUUACAUCAUGUAAACGGUGAUGCCUCAUAUUUUUUUUUUUAAUUUAUAUCGUAAAAGAUCAUAUUUGGUGAU